AUGUCUCAAAAUGCUACUACCGAUCCAUCUGAAGUGACGGUGUUGAUCUCAAUAUUCAAGCAAUGGGACAUGCAAGCCCUGCCUAUCAGCGGAGGAGAGCAAUGCAUUGGAUUUGCCAUCAAUGGAAGCGAGUUUGAAAAGCCAGAGAAUAAUCCAGCCAUCACUUGUGACUUCGAGUUCAUGCUCUGA